AAAUGAGGACACUAUGUGAGGAUCAAUUUCAGCCAUCCAAUCUAAUCUCAACGGCUGUAGAGAAAAAACAAGCUUACUAUGUAAGUGUGUACGCUACAAUUUCCCUCCUUUGGCAUUCGCGCCUUUUCUUCUUCCUUCAUUUCUGCAUUUAAUUGUUUUGUGAAUUAUGACUACAAACCCCAAAAUCUGAAAACCCAAAUACCCAGAAGCUCAUAACGCCACCCAAAAUCUAGAUUAAAGAAAAAAUUGUUUUCAUUUGUGCAAAAUCUUACAACCCAAAAUCUCAUUCCGUUUUCCAUCUGGAUUUUGAGGCAAGGGUAGUAGAAUAGAAAGCAAAAACAGCACGUUGGUCAUCCACAUCACGCGUUUUAGAUACACCAAAACACACACACUCUCUCUCUCUCUCUCUCAGACAGAAACCAGAAAGACGCUUUUUUAUUUGGGUGAAAACCCUAACUGGAAAGUCCAUCACUCUUGAGGUUGAGACCAUCGACAACGUGAAAGGCAAGAUCCAGAGGUCAAAAAUGGAAUCUGGGUUUGAGCUUUGUUUUCCUGAAUCAGAGGUGUAUUCGGCGAGGGUGAAUAAUCUAUGUGUGCCGAGUACAGUACUCAGUAAUUUUGUGUUGAAGUUUAGUAAUGAACAAAUGAGAAGAUUUAGAGAGACCUGCUUUGGGCACUUGAUGGAGCUGGAUAAAAUUUCAUUUAGUGGUCAAAUGGUGCAUGGUCUGGCCCUUCGGCGCGUGGCUGGACUUGGUGUGAAGGACAUACACGGGCUUAGUUAUGCAAUAGGGUCCAAUGUGGUGCAGUUCAGUGCAAAAGUAUUUUGUCUAGUUAGUGGUCUGAAAUUUGGAGUAGAGCCUCACAUAACGGCUGAGGAUGAAGGUGUAAAUCGGCUACUUGAUGCUCAUAUUAGCAAUAAGAAUCACAUUACAUUACAAGACAUAGAAAAAGCAUUCUUAAGCGCCAAAUUUGGAAGUGAGGACGUGUUCAAAUUGGGAAUGCUAUGCUUUAUAGAGUUUGUGAUAUUGGGGAAAGCCCCCAAUGUUAGGAUAAACGAGGAGUAUUUACACUUGGUACAUAAUAUGGAGGAAUUAAACAACUUUCCGUGGGGUUCGAUAUCAUUUGAGCAGCUCCAGGAUUCUUUGUUGUUUAGUCCUGGAAAAAGAGAGAGUGAUGAGAAUGAUGAUGAGAAAGAGAAACGACAGAGAAAAGGAAAAGAAGAGGUGAAAAGGAAGAAGAAGUUGGAGGAUAAAAAGCGUAAAAGAAUUAACAGACCGGCGUGGACUAUAAAGGGAUUGAGCUUUGCUUUCCAGGUUUGGGCGUAUGAAUUGAUUCCUGAAUUGGAAAUGGCGCCUCUGAGAUAUUGUAAGAAGAAGGACAAAACUGAAUUAGUUCCUCGUAUUUGCCGGUGGGAAUCUACUGAUAAAACCCCUGAGUUUAGAAAGUUGAAUGCGUAUAUUUUUCAAAGCAAACAGCAUGCUUCGUUACGCCUCCUACGACCAAGUGCACUCGAGCUGAGGCAAAAGUACUGGACUUGGGGAACUAAUUUUCAUGAAGAGGAUGCACCUAGUAUGGGUCCUGGAGUAUGUACGGACCUUGCUGAAGUAAGCUCUCUUGUGCAGCGAUUGGGGGAUGAGAUUGAAAUUUUGCAUUGUGAAAAGAGUGAGCAAUGGGCAAAUUUUGUAGAUUUCAAGAACGCAACCAAUCAUGGGAUGGAAGUUAUGAGGUUAGAAUUGACUGCAUUGAGAAAAAUGAUAGGUCAUGGAGGUGGAACUGUGGUUGUGCCAUCUGUUGUAAAGGUGAAACGAGUACAAAGGGAAGAGAGUGUAUGUGAGGCACAGGUUGAAGACAGUGAAAUGAAAGAUGAAAAGCUGGAUGACGAAGAGGAGAGAGAGGAUGAAGAUGAGAAGGGUGGAGAGAAGGUACAUGACGUAGACUUGUUGCAGGGAUGCUACAAUAUAUAGCUGUAUGAUUAUGGCUGAAUGUUUAACUGCCUUAGUUUUGAACUUGAGAGGUAUUACCAACCGUGUGAACACACAUGCAACACUAUUUUGUUUUGAUU